AUGCUCCUCGAAUUCACCCGCAGCUACAAGCGUAGAAGCCAUCUGGGACACUCGUCUAUGUUCCGCCUGAAGCAAAGCUGCCGGAGAAUUAAAGAGUUCUGUGAUCAGCGUGGCGACGUGGGAGAGUAUGGCAUCAUCCAAGAUCAUUGCAUAAACCCCACAAGUGUUUCCAGGUCGGGCCUCAAUCAUUUACGGAAUAUCUUGAGAAACCAGGCACCACCUGGACUCGCACCCGUUCUCCAAGCCCUUCUGGUCGCUGACGCGCUGAUCUACCAGCUUCCAGAUAGCAGGGAACGAGAUAUCGAAUUCACUCAGGAUCUGUAUCGGUGGAAAGUUGUUGCACUCGAACGAGAAUUAGACAGGAAAAUGUUUGACGAACUUGUCCGUGCCAUUUGGAAGACCGAGUGUAUACCCCCCAACACGCUGCCAGCAUCUCAGGAGGACGCCCUGCGGUUCGGUGAAUUGGCUAGGGAUCUUGUUUCGGUCACCCAUAUCAAGCCUCCUGACCUAAAACCCGGUGGUUCUUCUAUUACAAUCUGUGGCGCUCAAUGUUCUGUUUGCAACUUCAUCCGGUAG